UACUCUUUUUUUUAAUCAAGUUUAAUACUCAAAUAUAUAACCACAUGAUAUCAGAGUGAACUCUCUUCAUAUUAUUUCUCCUUCUCAACCAACUCCGUAACUAGAGAAGAUGAACAUCAUUGAAGCAGCUUUCUUCCUCUGCUUCAUUUCAUCUUCUAAUGUGCACUUCGCCGGAGCUACUAAACAAACCGCCGGCAACAUCACGCUGUCGGAGAACCCAUUCACACCCAAAGCCUCACUGAUACGUUACUGGAACAAACGCAUCAACGGCGGCUCACCACCACCUUCUUUUUUCCUCUCCAAGGCGUCCCCAUUAACGACCGUAGACUCCACGCGCUUCGCCACACUCGCUUCACGCCACGCGCUCGACACUCGCCUCUCCGAUUUCUGCACCGCCGCGAAGCUCUUCUGUUUCCCUGAGCUCGCCGCUCACUCCGUAACCGAGAAGCACGGCGACGACGUCGGUUUCUCCGUUUACAGCGACAAAAACUUCACCAACUACGGCUCCGACCGUCUCGCCGGAGCCGACACGUUUAAAAAUUACUCCGGCGGAGACAACAUCGGCGUCGACUCUUUCCGUCGUUACAGCCGAGAUUCCGCCGGACACGACGAUGGGUUUACAAAUUACGCCGGAGAAGUCAACGUCGCCGACCAGAGCUUCACCACUUACGCCACCGGCUCCACCGGCGGCUCCGGCGACUUCACGAACUACCACACGAACGCAAACCAACCCAACGGAAGAUUCACUUCCUACUCCGACGAAGCGAACGGCCGGUCACAGUCCUUCACGGCCUACUCCGAGAACGCAAACUCCGGCGCUCAGACGUUCACCAGCUACAGCAAAAACGGCAACGGAGCUCCGAACGGGUUCUCGGGUUACGGAUCCGGGUCAAACGUGGUAAAAUCUGGUUUCUCCGGGUACGGGGAGACCUCAAACGGAGCUAACGACACGUUCACGAGCUACGGCGGCGACGGGAAUCUCCCGGUGAACGAUUUUAAAAAGUACGGCGAAGGAGGAAACGGCGCCGUUUACGGGUUUAAGAGCUACAGAGACCAGUCCAACAUCGGAGCUGACUCUUUCUCUUCAUACGCCAAAGAUUCACACAACGAGAAGGUCAAUUUCGUAAAUUACGGCAAAUCAUUCAACUUGGGCUCCGAUGACUUCACCGGCUACGGGCAAGGCAACGACGGAGGGAACGUCAGCUUCAAAACCUACGGUCAAGGUCCGAGUUUCAAAGCGUACACUAAAGACGGCGUCGUUUUCGCGAGGUACUUUAAUAACGCGAGCUCCAGUGGUAAAAAGGUAAAUAAAUGGACAGAGCCGGGUAAAUUCUUCAGAGAGUCCAUGUUAAAAGAAGGGACUUUGAUGCAAAUGCCAGAUAUUAAGGAUAAAAUGCCUAAAAGGACGUUUUUACCCCGAACCAUAGUUUCAAAAUUAUCGUUUUCAUCUUCUAAGACCGGCGAGGUACGGAGAAUCUUCGGCGCCGGCGAGAACUCGUCGAUGGCGGGGAUAAUCUCGUCGGCGAUUUCCGAAUGUGAGAGACCGCCAAGCUACGGCGAGACGAAGCGGUGCGUGGGAUCAGCGGAGGACAUGAUCGAUUUCGCCACGUCAGUGCUUGGACACGGCGUUGUGGUGAGGACGACGGAGAAUGUGGUCGGGUCGAAGAAGAAGAUCGUGAUCGGGAAAGUCAAAGGAAUCAACGGUGGAGAUUUAACUAGAGCGGUUUCAUGUCAUCAGAGUUUGUACCCGUAUCUACUGUAUUAUUGUCAUUCGGUACCUAAGGUGCGGGUCUACGAAGCGGAUCUUCUUGACCCGGAGAGUUCAGAGAAGAUUAAUCAUGGUAUUGCCAUUUGUCACAUUGACACGUCAGCGUGGAGUGCAAGUCAUGGAGCGUUUUUGGCUCUAGGGUCUGGUCCGGGUAGGAUUGAAGUUUGUCAUUGGAUCUUUGAGAAUGAUAUGACGUGGACUACUGUUGAUUAAGGCUUUGGUCAGUUUUUGUCGUUCGGAUAAUAUUUACUACUGAGUUUUGCUUCAUCGUUUUUUUCUCUUUUUGCAGAUUUUCUCUCUU